AUGUCGUUACACGCUUAUGGGAUAAAGAGACAAAAUUUGACAUUCGUAACUUCUCAAUUUGGAGAAAAUUCUGGUGAAUUACGUCUUGCGCUGCCCAUAUAUAAUGUGCACAAGAAUGACUUUUUACCGAGUCUCACAUGUGAGAUAGAGAAACGAAAUUUUGAUUGGGUCAUGUGUGUGGGGUGGUAUGAAAUAGCGUUGUGCGAGUCAGUUGCUAAAUCGGAACAAGGACGACAGAUGCCUCGAGACAUGUAUAAAAGUAAAAAAACAACUUUUUGCGGAAAUCGUCAAAAAGAGUGGUUCCCUAAUUCGGGGGAACACAAGAGGCACAUGCUUCCGAAAGAUUUAAUUAAACCGAAUAGAGACAAGAAAGUUUACGAGGCGUACUGCAGGAACGCGUGCGAUAGCU